UCCGACGCGAAAUCAGUCAUUGGGUUGCGAUCGCGGUCGACGCGUUGGGUUUUCUCUGAGUUGCACAGUGAAAUCGCGUCAAUUUCCGACUUUCUCGCUUGUUGAAAUAUAGUGUGAGUGUGCGUAUGCGCAAAAGUGGCUUAAGUUAAGUAGUGUCAAGUGUGGAAGUGCAAUUUCAAUUGCGAACGAAAAAUAAAUUUUGAUUGAUUGAUAUAGUUUUGAGCAAAUUGAAUCAAAAUGUCGGCGAAAGCGAUUCGUGAGGCGAGCGGGAAAGGGCUUAUAAACCGCCUUUUGCCUGAUGGUACAGCCGCGGCCAAUUGUCGGUUUGCGUCUGUUGAUGAACACACCAAGAUGAGUCAAUUGACCACUGAUCAUCCAUGGCUACUCACCGAGAAACUCGUUGUCAAACCGGAUCAACUUAUUAAACGACGUGGGAAAUUAGGAUUGAUUGCUGUGAAUAAAACCUUCCCGGAAGUCCAGCAAUGGAUCACCGACCGCAUGAACAAAGAACAAAAAAUCGGCGCAGCCACCGGCCGCCUUCGUAACUUCAUCAUCGAGCCAUUCAUCCCACACACCGCCGAAGAAGAGGUCUACGUCUGUAUCUACUCCCACCGCCAUGGUGAUACCAUCCUGUUCCAUCACGAAGGCGGUGUGGACAUCGGCGACGUGGACGCCAAAGCCGUCAAAAUCGAAGUGCCCGUCGGCAGUACCCUGGAUCCCGCCGAAGUGGACUCCAAACUGCUCGCACAAGCAGCACCCGCGAAAAAAGCCAUGAUUUCCAAGUUCAUCCAAGCCCUGUACAAGUUCUACGUGGACAUGUACUUCACCUACCUUGAAAUCAACCCACUGGUGGUAACUGCCAAGGAGAUCUACGUUCUGGAUCUGGCUGCUAAGUUGGAUGCCACAGCUGAUUUCAUCUGCCGCCCGCAUUGGGGUGAGAUUGACUACCCACCACCUUUUGGUCGGGAUGCCUACCCUGAGGAGGCGUACAUUGCUGAUUUGGACGCCAAGUCAGGCGCGAGUUUAAAACUGACCAUCCUGAAUAAGUCAGGGAGGAUCUGGACGAUGGUGGCUGGUGGUGGUGCGUCUGUCAUCUACAGCGAUACCAUCUGUGACCUGGGAGCAGCUGGUGAGUUGGCUAACUAUGGAGAAUACUCAGGAGCACCAUCAGAGCAACAGACUUAUGAGUAUGCGAAGACGAUUUUAUCGCUGAUGACGCAGGAGAAGCACCCGGAGGGGAAAGUGUUAAUCACUGGUGGGGGUAUUGCUAACUUCACCAAUGUGGCGGCCACGUUCCGAGGGAUAAUCACGGCGUUGCAGGAGUUCCAGCAGAGGUUGAUUGAUCAUAAGAUUUCGAUUUUUGUUAGGCGUGCGGGACCGAAUUAUCAGGAAGGGUUGAGGCGUAUGAGGGAAGUUGGACAGACUUUAGGUAUUCCGUUGUACGUUUUUGGACCGGAGACACACAUGACGUCUAUUUGUGGAAUGGCGCUGGGGAAACGCCCCAUUCCGGUUGAGAAUUCCGCCGCGCCCGAAACCACCACCGCCAACUUUCUCCUACCCAAUGGACAAGGCACCUCCUCUGCGUCGAAUGUAGCUGGAGAUGGUAUUGAUAUGACUUGUAAACGGCCACCAAUGGACCCGAGACCAAACCCAAUAGAAAUUUCCCUGCCAGACGUAGUCGCCAAGCGUGAUUCGUCCAACAAGGAGCCAAUGUUCACGAAUAAAACCAAGGCGAUUGUCUGGGGCAUGCAAACCCGCGCUGUCCAAUCAACACUGGACUUUGACUUUGUCUGUCGCCGUGCUGAACCCAGUGUGGUCGCCAUUAUCUACCCGUUCACCGGUGACCACAAACAGAAAUACUACUGGGGUCACAAGGAGAUCCUCAUUCCGGUUUAUAAAAAGAUGAACGAUGCAAUGACCAAGCAUCCCGAUGCGGAUGUCCUGGUGAAUUUUGCAUCACUCAGGUCUGCGUAUCAAAGCACUGUGGAGACCAUGGACUACCCACAGAUCCGUACCAUCGCCAUUAUUGCUGAAGGCAUCCCCGAAAACCAAACACGCAAGAUGAUUAAACUCGCCAAUGAAAAGAAGGUGUCUAUCAUCGGCCCGGCGACUGUGGGCGGUGUGAAACCAGGUUGUUUCAAAAUUGGUAACACUGGUGGUAUGAUGGACAACAUCCUACAUUCCAUGUUAUAUCGUCCUGGUAGCGUAGCAUACGUAUCCCGUUCCGGAGGUAUGUCCAACGAGUUGAAUAACAUCAUCUCCAAGGCGACUGAUGGUGUCUACGAAGGUGUCGCCAUCGGAGGUGAUAGAUAUCCAGGUACCACUUUCAUGGACCACAUCAUGAGAUAUCAAGACGAUGAUAAAGUCAAGAUGAUUGUGCUCCUCGGAGAAGUAGGAGGUGUGGAGGAGUAUGAAGUCUGUGAAGCCAUACAAAGUGGCCGGGUGAACAAACCAAUGGUCGCUUGGUGUAUCGGGACCUGUGCGGGUAUGUUCACCGCCGAGGUGCAGUUCGGCCAUGCUGGAUCCUGUGCGAAUUCCACAAAAGAAACCGCCACUUCAAAGAAUGAAGCAUUGAAAGCAGCUGGGGCUUACGUCCCGGAUAGUUUUGAUACUUUGGGAGAGAUGAUUGGUAGUAUCUACCAGGGUUUGGUCUCUAAGGGUGUGAUUGUGCCGUGUACCGAAGUACCCCCACCAACUGUACCCAUGGAUUACUCCUGGGCGAGGGAACUGGGCCUCAUUCGUAAACCAGCUAGUUUCAUGACUUCGAUCUGUGACGAACGUGGUCAGGAGCUGCUCUAUGCAGGUAUGCCCAUCUCAGAUGUCCUUAGUAAGAACGUGGGCAUCGGUGGGGUUAUCUCCCUGCUAUGGUUCCAACGCUGUUUACCAUCGUACGUUUGUAAAUUCUUCGAGAUGUGUCUCAUGGUGACCGCCGAUCAUGGCCCAGCUGUCUCCGGAGCGCAUAACACCAUCGUCUGCGCACGCGCAGGCAAAGACCUAGUAUCCAGUUUAGUUUCUGGUUUGUUAACCAUCGGAGACAGAUUUGGAGGUGCGUUAGAUGGCGCUGCGCGGCAAUUCAGCGAGGCGUAUGAUUCAGGUCUUCAUCCUGCUGAAUUCGUUAAUUCCAUGCGUAAUAAAGGGCAGUUGAUCAUGGGUAUAGGCCAUCGGGUGAAAUCAAUCAACAAUCCGGAUCAACGCGUGAAGAUUGUCAAGGAGUUCGUCAUUGAGAACUUCCCAGCUACACCUUUGUUAUUAUACGCGCUGGAGGUUGAGAAGAUCACCACUAGUAAGAAACCCAAUCUGAUUCUGAAUGUCGACGGGGUGAUUGCCUGCGCAUUUGUUGAUAUGCUGAAUAACUGUGGGAGUUUCACGCGGGAGGAGGCCCAGGAAUACAUUCAAAUCGGAGCGAUUAAUUCCUUGUUUGUUCUUGGGCGUUCCGUUGGUUUUAUUGGUCAUUAUAUGGAUCAGAAGAGGUUGAAACAAGGGUUGUAUAGGCAUCCAUGGGAUGAUAUCUCGUAUGUUAUGCCGGAGCUUAAUAAUUAAAGACAAGAUUUAAGAGAAGAACUCAACGAAAAUACAAUGACGAUGUCGGGAGGACGUAAAUGAUGCAUUUUUAUAUACAGUUUAGUUAUGAUUAUGAUUAUUAUUGUUUCUAGUUUUUGUUUUCCAUUUUCCCCGCACACGUCGCAUGCAAAAUGCUAAAUGUUAAAUCGAAUGAUUAAUGUAAAUUUAAAUUAUUCUUAUAAAACUACUUUUAACUUAGUGACUACUUAAAUGAAAUAAAUAUUAUAUUCGAA